UAUUCUGACACUACACCUAUAAGGGUACCCCACUUUAAACUGUAUUCUGACACUACACCUAUAAGGGUACCCCACUUUAAACUGUAUUCUGACACUACACCUAUAAGGGUACCCCACUUUAAACUGUAUUCUAACACUACACCUAUAAGGGUACCCCACUUUAAACUGUAUUCUAACACUACACCUAUAAGGGAACCCCACUUUAAACAGUAUUCUAACACUACAGCUAUAAGGGUACCCCACUUUAAACAGUAUUCUAACACUACAACUAUAAGGGAACCCCACUUUAAACAGUAUUCUAACACUACAGCUAUAAGGGUACCCCACUUUAAACAGUAUUCUAACACUACAACUAUAAGGGUACCCCACUUUAAACUGUAUUCUAACACUACAGCUAUAAGGGAACCCCACUUUAAACAGUAUUCUAACACUACAGCUAUAAGGGUACCCCACUUUAAACAGUAUUCUAACACUACAACUAUAAGGGAACCCCACUUUAAACAGUAUUCUAACACUACACCUAUAAGGGUACCCCUCUUUAAACAGUAUUCUAACACUACAACUAUAAGGGUACCCCACUUUAAACUGUAUUCUGACAUCACUAUUACACUAUAG